AUGCAUAGUAAAUGACUGUUUAAAGUUUGAUGACUUUGUUCCGCAUAGGUCGGAUUUUGUGGAUGAUAGUGAAGGCAUCACUAGCGUGCUGUCUGCAGCAGUUUGGAGUAAAAUGGAAAGCAGGACAAUGUUGGCUUUAAAUAUUGAUUUUAGCUGCCGUGAUUCGUCUGGUGUGUGUAUUUUAGACACGUAAGGUUUGGUUUGGCUGGUAAAUAAACAAAGCAGCUGUGUUGUAUUUGCCUUGGCAGUGUUUCGGUGCACGAUGACGACAUGUUUACAUCGAACAUUUCAGCAGAUGAACAGAGAGAGCUGGCGAAAAAACUCACCACGUUUCUCUCCACCUACAGCCACAUCGCUGACUCCUAUAUAAUUGAGUUCUUUACUGAAAAUCUCUGGAACACAUUACCCAGCAGCUGGCAACAUGUGCUGCAGGACCUGUCCUAUCCCCAGAUUGCAGAUUUAUUACUGGAUGCGACGCAUGCAGACAGAAGAUACCUCUCGGUGUGGCCUCUGUCACUUUUGGCUUUCCGUGCAACAGCUCACUCGCUGGCAUUUCCUAGAGAGGACGGGCAGGAGCGAGGCAGGGUAUCUGGUGACGUUAAGCCGGAGGAGUUUCAGGACAAUCAGAGUCAGAGCUCCCUGCUGGGACACAUCUUCAGGAAACAUGUCAAACCAAAGAAACAACAUGAGAUUCGCAAGCUGGGCACGCUGGUAAAACAACUGUGUGACCAGACUGGCUGCAGCAGAGUGGUGGAUGUGGGCUCCGGGCAGGGACAUCUGAGUCGUUUUUUGUGCUUUGGAUUUGGAGUGUCAGUGACAGCCAUUGAGGCCGAUCGCACCUUGGUUGCUAUGGCUUCCAGGUUUGAUGGACAGUUGAUGUGGGCUUUGGAGAAAGAAAGUCAGAAAAAGAAUUGCUCUUCUCAGCUCUCACAAGUGCAGUUGUUUCCCCGCCAUGUGAUCAGCUGGGUAAACCCUAAAGCAUCGUGGGAGACUUUCAUCACACAGCUCAGUACUGCAGAUUGUGUCAGCGAAGGUCCCUCCACUCCAUCUAGACUGAGUAAAAAGCAACUCCGGGGUUGUAAAACUCAAAAACAAUCACAUAUGGCCCAGGUUGGACCAUCUCCUGCCUCAACAGACUCACUGGAUUUUGAAUUAAUGCCACAAUUCCAGUCAGCCACGACAGACUCUGGACAAAAGUUAUGUUCUGAUAACUGCUGCUUCAAUGCCCAGCCUGUUUGUCAAGACAGUCCAUGCACUGUGGACCUCAGCCAGAAAGCCCAUCCAGACUUCAUCCUGACCGGUCUGCAUGCCUGUGGUGACCUCAGUACCACCCUUCUCCGUCACUUUGUGCACUGUCCAAAUGUACGUGGCAUCACUUCUGUGGCAUGUUGCUACAUGAAAAGCUCAACCAAAGAAAACCCCACCCCUCCAUGUCUGGUAGAACCUCCUGCUGCACCCAUGUCAAGCCAUGAAUCUCUUUCUUCAGAGUUUGGAUACCCAAUGAGCUCCUGGGUGAGGGGGCUGCCUGGACAUCAGCUGUCAUAUAAGAUGCGAGAGGGGGCAUGUCAUGCUGUGGAGGACUACAUACGGAGGCUGAGGGAGGAGAGCAAGUUACUCAGGACCCACUGUUACCGGGCCAUCUUGGAGAUCUUCAUUAGGGAUGUGAGGCCAGAGCUGCGUCGGGCGGGAAUCCAAACCAUAAAGAAAGCCCACUUGUUGUCCUUCACAGAGUACGCCCGCCUGGGACUGGCCCGGGUUGGACUGCCAGCAGAUUUACUCCUGGAUCUGGAGCUGGUGGAAGCCAUGUUGAAGCAGCAGGGCAGGGUGGUGGUGUAUUUCAGCCUUGCACUGCUGCUGGCACCUGUGGUAGAGACACUGGUGCUGCUAGACAGGAUGAUCUACCUGCAGGAGAACGGUGUGGACAGUCAGCUGGUCCCUCUUUUUGACCCAAUUUUUUCUCCAAGGAACUUUGUCCUCGUGGCUUUGAAACCUCAUGCAUAGGGGAAACAAAACGGAAAAGCCCCAAUAUGUUUUCUUAUUUGA